AUGCACCUACUCCUUAUCGAUGCGGCACAGCGUCUCGGUAAUGCUGGGUAUGGGCUGAAGUAUGUGGCCCACUGGGGACAGCUUCAAGGUACCGGAUGGUCAUUUGACGGAGGCGCUGUCUUGUUUCUUGUCAUGGUACUGUUCCCGGAUGUCGAUGAGAUCCGCGAUGAAUUGCUCAUGCGAAAAAAUGGAUACAAGCUAUACGAGCAGCAUCCCAGUUUUCUACGGUACGACAAGGUGGCAGACAAGCUAUAUCUAGUUGACCUUACCUUCAUCGGCUUUACAGAUCCAAACAGUGAAACUUCUAUUCCAGUGAGAGAGGACAAUGUGUAUGGGGAGGCCUUCAACAUCUGGUUAUACCCCUACGAAGAGCCCCCCCAGCUUCCUCGGUCUACCCAGCUCAGUCACAGGGCCGCUCUAAGGAAAAUGCCCCUCCAGAUAUACAUUCACCACGGGAGCCUGAGCAAGCUAGUAGCAGCAAGUUACCUCACCGACAGGCCGGGGACCGAGGUCCCGUUGAGGAGAAACGUCCGCCGUGGAACUAUGGUGGCAGACGUCAAUGCUAGCUGGCUAAACUUCUGUGAGGCAUAA